AUGGAGGAAGAUAGGGCGCAAGUCGACCUUGGUGUCGCAGCUGAUAUAGAACAACUGCAGAACGCGCAAGCAAUGCCCAAGCAGCCCAAGAAGCGCUUCGUUGGCAGGAGAGCUGCUGCUGAGACUGCAGCGGGCCGCAAUGGUAGUGGAAGCACAAACAUCGAGGACUCUGGCUCGAUACAGGUGGCACAGUCGAGGCGGGCGCCCAGGCUCCUGAACCAGGUGCCGCCGGAGAUAUUGAACGACCCGGAACUCAAGGCUGCUAUAGCACUCUUGCCCGCGAAUUAUUCGUUUGAGAUCCCCAAAACAAUCCACAAGAUACGCACCUUGGGGUCCAAGAAAGUCGCCCUCCAGAUGCCCGAGGGCUUACUGCUGUUUGCCACGACUGUGUCCGACAUCUUGCAGCAGUUCUGCCCGGGCAUCGAGACCCUCAUCAUGGGGGAUGUCACUUAUGGAGCCUGCUGCAUAGACGAUUACACUGCGAGAGCCAUGGGCUGCGAUCUGCUGGUGCAUUACGCGCACAGCUGCCUGAUUCCUGUGGAUGUCACCAAGAUCAAGACGCUUUAUGUCUUUGUCGACAUCAGCAUCGACACUUCACACCUGCUCGCAACUCUAGAGAGAAACUUCUCUCCUGGAAAGACCAUAGCCAUGGUGGGCACGAUCCAAUUCAACGCUACCAUCCACGGGGUCAAGUCGACCCUGGAGAAGGCUGGCUUCAAGAUUCUGGUCCCCCAGAUCGCGCCCCUAUCCAAGGGUGAGAUUUUAGGUUGCACGUCGCCCAACCUUUCGACAUUUGCGCCGGAUAUGAAGGUAGACAUGAUUCUCUACCUUGGAGAUGGGAGAUUCCACCUCGAGAGCAUCAUGAUCCAUAAUCCCGAGAUCCCUGCCUACCGCUACGACCCUUACUCACGCAAGCUCACCCAUGAGGCCUAUGGUCACGAGGAGAUGCAGGACCUGCGCCGAGAAGCAAUCAAGACGGCCAAAGGAGCGAAGAAAUGGGGACUGAUCUUCGGUUCCCUCGGCCGGCAAGGCAAUCCGAAUACCUUGAUGCUGAUAGAGAAGAAGCUGAGCCAGAUGGGCAUCCCGUUCAUCAACUUGGCACUGAGCGAGAUCUUUCCCGGAAAACUGGCCAUGAUGAGCGAUGUGGAGUGCUGGGUGCAGGUCGCAUGCCCGAGGUUGAGCAUUGAUUGGGGCUACGCCUUCCCAAGGCCGUUGCUGACCGCCUACGAAGCGCUGGUCGCUUUGGAGGAGAAGGAAGACUGGGGCAAAGGCGUUUAUCCCAUGGAUUAUUACGCAAGGGAAGGUCUUGGGAGGACGAAGCCAGCAGUCUCGGUGCUGGCAGCCACUUAG